AUCUGAUCCAACAUCCUCUUUCCCAGAAAACCCCCUUCUCCCAUCCUCUACCUCUACCUCUCCUCUCAAUUCUUCGCGUUCUCAGUAAUGGAAGUGAGUCGUCUCAUCCCACACCAAAACCCGUUUCUGCAGCUAAUAAGCCAUCACAACCCAGCCCCCACCAAUUAGAGCCGUCCUUGACAUGUCACCACCAUUACCACCACUUCAACCAAUCACAAACCGCCACAUCACCACCCUCCCCGAUCUCUUCCUCACAGCCAUCUCCAUCUGCUGCUUCCUCUUCCCCUCAAAGUCUUUCCCUUUCCAUUUCCCUUUCCCUUCCCGCUCUCGCCGAUCCCUCAAAAUCUCCACCAUGUCCCUGCCACCCCAAACCCUCAAAACCCACCAUAGCAAUAGCUUCACCACCCCCCAGUCCCUCUCCGAAUGGCUGAAGCCCCGCUUGCCCUCCGACUCAUUCGCCGCCUGGGGCGUCAAACCGGGCACCAAGAACGUCCACAACCUCUGGCUCGAGCUGGCCGAGGGCGAGACCUCGCUCGCCGAUUCCAUCCCUCCGAUUCGCACGGUUCAAGUCGUUACUGUCCGAAUUAUCGACAAACACAAUCGGGUCCUCAUCGAGGCCCGACAGGAACUAUCAGAUGGUAGUUGGCGAGACCGGAACCGGCCCUUAUCGGAGAAGAUGAAGCCGAACGAGACGACCGAAGCGGCUGUAUAUCGGGCGGUGAGGGAAGAGCUCGGUCAGAUAAUCAAAGGGUCGGUGGGCGAUUCCGAGAAUGAGAGCGUUGUCAGGAUCGUUCCGGGGUCGUACCGGAAGAAAUUGGAGGAGAGGAACUCGGCGUCGUAUCCCGGUUUGCCCGCGUGUUACGUGUUGCAUUCGGUGGACGCGGUGGUUGAGGGCUUGCCGGAGGGGGAGUUUUGCACGGAGGAGGAGGAGAAUCGGGAAUGCGAGGAGAAUCGGAGGGCAGUGGCCUGCGAGGCAGUGUCGGUGAAGAAGCAUUAUUGGGAAUGGGUUAGUGCCGAUUCGACAAAAUCUUGAUGUUGGUUUGUUGAGUUGAGUCGAUUUGUUGAAGUUCAUGGCAUGAAAAUUUUUGGGUCUUGUGUUGUUUUUCAUCUUUUGUUUAUGUUUGACAUUAUAAGAUUAUGUUUCUUGUGGUUGAUCAUGAUGAUGAUAAUGUAUAUAGGAAAGAUUAGUAAUACAUUUUAUAGGACGGGGAAGUGCUCGCCUUUGGAUUAUGUGAUUGUGGUAGUUGCUUAAGUUAUACAACUUAAUUGCUUCAAUUUUUAA